AUGGAGAGAAUAAUUGGGGAAAAGUUCAAGUUAGGGCGUAAGAUCGGCGGCGGAUCAUUCGGCGUCAUCUAUCUCGCUACUCAUGUCGAUACGGGUGAAAUUGUUGCAAUUAAAAUCGAAAAUAAGUCGACAAAACACCCACAGUUACAGUACGAGGCGAAGUUGUACAAUAUUCUUCAAGGGGGAACUGGAAUUCCUGUUAUUAAGUGGCAUGGGGUGGAUGGGGAUGACAAUGUGCUCGUUAUGGAACUUCUCGGCCCCAGUCUUGAGGACCUUUUUGUUUAUUGUGGGAGGAAGUUGUCAUUAAAAACUGUCCUCAUGUUGGCUGAUCAGAUGAUUACAAGAAUCGAAUUUGUACACUCCAAAGGUUUUCUGCAUAGAGAUAUCAAACCAGAUAAUUUCCUUAUGGGUCUGGGAAGAAAAGCAAAUCAGGUAUACAUUAUCGAUUUUGGACUGGCCAAAAGAUAUCGUGAUCCUACAACAAAUCGCCAUAUUCCUUACAGGGAGCAUAAAAACUUAACUGGAACAGCUCGAUAUGCAAGUUGUAAUACUCACCUGGGCAUUGAGCAAAGUCGAAGAGAUGAUUUAGAGGCUCUUGGCUAUGUGUUAUUGUACUUCUUGAGAGGAAGCCUUCCAUGGCAGGGUCUGAAAGCCGCAACAAAGAAGCAAAAAUAUGAUAAAAUAUGUGAGAAGAAGGUGUCAACUCCGGUUGAGGUCUUGUGCAAGUCUUUGCCAGUGGAAUUUGCCUCCUACCUUAACUAUUGUCACUCAUUAACCUUCGAUCAACGGCCUGAUUACGGAUAUCUGAAGCGGCUAUUCCGAGAAUUAUUUACUCGUGAAGGAUAUGUAUUUGAUUACGUGUUUGAUUGGACUAUUAUGAAGUAUCAACAGUCACAAAGAUCAAAGUCCCAUCUACACUUGCAUAAUCGGCAGCCUGUUCCUGGAGUAAGCAGCUCCAGAGAAGUACAAGGAGCCAAUGGAUAUACCGAUGCUUCAUUGAGACGAGGAUCAAGCGAUCUUGCACAUCAUGAUGGUCGCACAUCCUCUCAUUCAAGGGCUGUUCAUGACAUAAAUGCGAACCAUAUGGCAGAGAAACUGACUAUAAGUAAGGAGCCUGUCCCAUCGUCCUCAUUUUCCUUGGCCAACGCAUUCAAGAGGAAUAUUCAAAAACGUGAAGAGCAGAAUGAAGCAGCAACAAGUGGACACAGGAAUAAUGGUAAAGGUGGUCCGUCAAGCAGCUGGAUGCCCUCAUUACACCACAUUUCCUCUGGCAAAUAUGCAACUCCUGAAAAAUGGGUUCGAGACCAGGAAGCUCUAUCCUUGGUGUUUACUGUGAGUUCUUGCGGCUCCAAAUGUGCGGCUUCUAACAGGCUUCAAGACAUCAAAGAAGACAGUACCGAAACAUGUUGGUUACCUGCAAAAUGUCCACAGCCCGAGACUCCAACAGAGUCCAUGGAGUUUCUUGCGAGGUCAUGGAGUCUGUCUGCCAUGGAACUCUCCAAAGCUCUCAGUCACACUAAUGCUGCAACAAAAAGCCAUGUUGACGGAACAUCACCUUUGUCUUUCCUUGAAGACAUUACUACCAAAAUUCAAGACAGAAGUUCACACACUCAACCAACUUCAGAUAGUCCCCCAGUUUCCCCUAGGAAAAGUGAUGAUACAAAGGAAUCAUUUAUGCUUCAUCAAGCACUCAAUCCAGAUAUCAUUUAUAAUCAGCAGUCGGUCAAAAAUGGGCUCUGCAAAAACAACAUGAAAGGAAAGACCAUGGGUAGAUGGAUAAAAGACCAAAGAGAAAGGAAAAAGCAGGAACUAAGAACACAGAAUGCACAACUGCAUGCAGCAGUUUCAGUGGCUGGUGUUGCUGCUGCAGUGGCCGCUCUUGCAGCAUCAGCUAUAGCAUCUCCAGAGAAGCCCAUGAAUCAUUAUCACCACAACAAAUCUUCAAAGAUGUCUACUGCAAUUGCAUCUGCAGCCGCUCUGGUUGCAUCUCACUGUAUUGAAAUUGCCGAGGAUAUGGGAGCUGAUCACGACCAAUUACUGUCAGUAGUCAGUUCAGCCAUUAACGCAAGGACUAAUGGUGAUGUUCUGACACUUACAGCUGGAGCUGCCACUGCACUGAGGGCUGCUGCUACGCUGAGGACAAGGCUUCAAAAGGGUUAUGCAGCCACAACAAUCACUCUUGCUGAUGAACAAAACAACGAUAACAAAGAUUUAAAUGUAUUAGCUGCAAUGGACUUUGUGUCAAGAGGCGGCGAGCUUCUUAAAAGGACUAGAAAAGGGGAUCUCCACUGGAAAGUAGUUUCCAUCAAUAUCAAUUCAAAUUUUCAGGUGGUAACGAAAAUGAAGAGCAAGCAUAUGGCUGGAACAUUCACAAAGAAAAAGAAGUUUGUAACCACAGGAGUGUAUUGGGACAUCCCGGCAUGGACAGGACGCGAUAAAGAGGAGACUAGUGAGCAGAGGGCCUACUUUGGGAUACAAACCGCGGACCGGAUGAUUGAAUUCGAGUGCAGAAACAAAGGGGAAAAACAGAUGUGGAUCGACGGGAUCCAGCAUAUGUUGCAUUUUCGUAUGAACAUGAACCAUAUGGGCGCAUAA